AUGGUUGGGCCGGAUCUGGCGGACAACCAGUACGGUUUCCGUCAGGGGCGCUCCACCGUGGAUGCGAUCAUGCGCGUGAAGGCUCUAGCGGAGGAAGCAGUCUCCCGGGGCGAAGUGGUGUUGGCGGUGUCCUUGGACAUCGCCAACGCGUUCAACACUAUGCCCUGGAGCUGCAUCAGGGAGGCGCUCGUGUAUCACGAAGUGCCUCUCUACCUCCGCCGCAUAGUCGGGGCAUAUUUUUCGGAGAGAGCCGUCGUCUACCCCAGUAGGACCGGUCUCGGUAGGCGUGAAAUGUCGUGCGGUGUUCCGCAGGAGUCGGUGUUAGGGCCACUCUUGUGGAACAUCGGCUACGACUGGGUGCUUCGUGGUGCCUUCUUGGAUGGUGUCGCCGUCGUGUGCUACGCGGACGACACACUCGUGACGGCGCGCGGCAAGACGCACCACGAGGCAACCCUGAGGGCCACGGCCGGGGUUGCCCAAGUCGUUGAGCGUAUCCGGCGGCUGGGUCUCGAGGUGGCUCUGCACAAGUCCGAGGCCCUGUUCUUCCACGGGCUUCGGAGGAAGCCGCCUGAGGGAUCUAGCCUCACGGUAAGGAGGCACUCGCAUCGGCAUCGAGCCCUCGAUCAGGUAUCUGGGGCUCGUACUCGAUGGCCGAUGGGACUUCGGAUAUCAUUUCCGAGGUCUGGUCCCCAAGUUGGUUGGGGCAGCGCGUGCGUUGGCGCGGCUGCUGCCCAACAUGAAGGGACCCGAUCUACUCGGGGGUUAUGCGGUCCAUGGCCCUUUACGGGUGCCCGGUAUGGGCGGGGGCCCUGA